CACCUGUUUGUGCUGAGGGCCAUGCUAGAGGAACAAAGGGCUCAUCCUCUAGAGUGCAUGAAGGACGACAAAGGUUUCGCUUUUCUUCAGGCUACAAGCUAACUAACCCUAACAAGAAAUGCAGGCUUUGUGGUGGGUUUGGCUAACUGGCUGUUUAAACUGGAACAGAUGAGUCUGCAGGACCAGCUGGAGAACGGCCCCAACGCUCAGCUGGCUCGACUGCAGCAAGAGAACUCCAUCCUCCGAGAGGCCCUGAACCAGGCGACUAGCCAGGCCGAGAGCAGGCAGAAUGAAGAGCUGGUCCGUCUCAGGCGGGACUGCACCCGUCUGGAGCGGGAGUUAACCGAGCGCACUGAUGCUCUGCAAGCUUGCGAGGAGCUCAGAAAGAGCCUGGAGGUCAAAAUGGCUGCCGCCGAGCAAGAACGGUCCCGAGUCCAGCUGGACCAUGCAGACACCGAGCGCGCUCAGCAGCGGCGGCUGGAGGAAGUGUGUUUGCAGCUGAAAUCAAUGCAGCAGGAAGCUGCUGCAUUGAUUGAGCGGUCAGUGUUUCUGUUAGCAUGUAGCCAACUCAGCCGACUGAUCAAUGCUCCCCCCUCUUCCAGCUGGCUGAUGUGCCCUUGAGCGAGGCACUUAUCCUCCUCAAUUGCUCCCCGGGCGCCUGACGUGGCAGCCCACUGCUCCUGUGUGUUUCACUGCAUGUUGUGUGUCGCAUAUGUACUGUACUGUAAUGUUAGCAUGUCCUGCUAACCGCCUGCAGUAUGUUAGCAUGUCCUGCUAACUGCUUGCAGUAUGUUAGCAUGUCCUGCUAACUGCCUGCAGUAGCCUAGAGUUAACGUACAGUUACAGGUUACAGGUUAAGCUAGGAAAAGCUCUGAGACAUUGACUGAGAGCGUUCAAGCUUUAAAAUUAGCAUCUCUUGACACUUUAACAACACCAGCAAAGGUUAUCCAAGAGAGCUAAACACUGAUAGGCAUCACAAGUCUUCUAUGUUGUAAAAAUGAAAACAGCACCAGGCUACAACUUUUUCUUUGUCGCAUUACAUCAGGACCAACUAGCUCUUCACUGUCU